AAGCUAUUAUUUUAACAAGCAAAAUGCAAGCUAACUUCAAGGCAGUACCAAGUUCAGAAAUAACUCAAUCACAAAGAAGAAGAUAUGCUGGUGUGUCUGAGACAGGAAUCCAACAAACUGACAAAGGAAAGAGCAAAGAAGUUAUAGAAUCUGGGGAGUUAGUAUUGUUAGAAGAUCAAGGUUUUGAGAAGAGAAAGGAGAUGCUAAGACUAGCA